AAUGUUCAUAAUUUGAACGUUCGUCUUGUAUCGUUCUCCGGGCUUUACGAUUUAAAUCAAUUCCUUUAUUCCUUUUAAAUAGCACGAAUCGGUAUGUGUUUUAUAGAAAAUUAUAUAAAUUAAUUAUAGAUUUUAUCGUUUGUGUUGAAAAAUAAUCGUUACAAGACAUGACAGUUAACGAAUAUAAAGAAACUGCUUGUGCCACUGUUGGAUCGGUGGACGAUAUGGAAAUCGAAGAAGACGUAAUCAAUUUUUCUUCGCAACAAAAUCAGGAAACAGAAAAUGAAAAUUUAUUAGGACAAAUUUUAGCGGAAUUUGAUGGUACGACUGUACUAUGUCGAGUUUGCGGAGAUAAAGCGUCGGGAUUUCACUACGGCGUACAUUCCUGCGAAGGAUGCAAAGGUUUCUUCAGACGCAGCAUCCAACAGAAAAUACAAUACAGACCUUGUACCAAAAAUCAACAGUGCUCCAUAUUGAGGAUCAACAGGAAUCGUUGUCAAUAUUGCAGGCUUAAAAAAUGCAUCGCAGUCGGAAUGAGCAGAGACGCUGUCAGAUUCGGUAGGGUGCCCAAAAGAGAAAAAGCCAGAAUUUUGGCGGCCAUGCAACAGAGUUCGAAUUCUCGUUCGAUCGAAAAAGCGAUCAGCGCCGAACUCGAAGAUGAACAUAGAUUACUCGAAACUGUCGUUAGGGCUCACAUCGAUACUUGCGAUUUUACUAGAGAAAAAGUCGAACCUAUGCUACAAAGGGCCAGGGACAAUCCUUCUUAUACAGCCUGUCCGCCGACUCUGGCGUGUCCGUUGAACCCGAAUCCGCAACCGUUAACGGGACAACAGGAGAUGCUGCAGGAUUUCUCGAAAAGAUUUUCACCGGCGAUAAGAGGCGUUGUGGAAUUCGCGAAACGUAUACCGGGUUUUACUCUAUUAGCUCAAGACGAUCAAGUUACUUUAUUGAAAGCGGGAGUAUUCGAAGUGCUUUUAGUGCGACUCGCGUGUAUGUUCGAUUCCCAAACGGCCAGUAUGAUAUGUUUGAACGGACAAGUGUUGAAACGCGAUUCGAUUCACAAUAGUUCGAACGCCCGAUUCCUCAUGGACAGUAUGUUCGAUUUCGCCGAUAGAAUGAAUUCCCUUCGAUUAUCCGACGCGGAAAUCGGACUGUUUUGUUCGGUGGUGGUUAUAGCGGCCGAUCGACCCGGUCUCAGAAAUACCGAAUUAAUCGAAAAAAUGCACAACAAAUUAAAAUCCUCGUUGCAAAUGGUGGUGGCGCAAAACCACCAUUCCCAACAACACGUCAUGGAGGAAUUGAUGAAAAAAAUACCGGAUCUGCGUACGUUGAAUACUUUGCAUUCGGAAAAAUUGCUCGCCUUCAAAAUGACCGAACAACAACAGAUGAUGCAACAACAACAACAACAACAACAACAAAACGCUUGGAACGUUGGACAAAUAGAAGAAGAGAAUAAUAGUAGUAAAAGUCCGGCGGCGUCUUCGUGGUCUUCUUCAUCGGAUAUAACGAUGGACGAAGCUAAAUCUCCUCUGGGUUCGGUCAGUAGUACCGAAUCGAUGUGUUCGUCGGAAAUCCACGAUUACCAUCAUCUCCAACAUCAUCACCAUCACCAUCAACAUCUUCAACAUCAACAUCAACAUCAACAUCAGAAUAUAACCAACACUCCUCUAUUAGCGGCUACGUUAUCGGGAGGCGUCGUUUGCCCGCACAGACAUCGCGCCAAUUCCGGUUCGACGUCAUCGGGAGAAGACGAAUUGGCCGCCACCUCCCAUUUGAUACACAACGGCAUAACGAUAACUCCGGUAUCCCGACCGUCUUCGCACAAUCCUCGAUUCAGGAAAUUGGAUUCGCCCAGCGAUUCGGGCAUCGAAUCCGGCACGGAAAAAAUGGAAAAACCGACGUCGGUCUGUUCGAGUCCGAGAUCUUCGAUGGACGAUCAUCACAUCGUGGAAGAUAUGCCGGUGUUGAAACGAGUCCUGCAAGCGCCUCCUUUGUACGAUACGAAUUCCCUGAUGGACGAAGCCUACAAACCCCAUAAGAAAUUUCGAGCUUUGAGGAAUAAGGAUUCCGCCGAAGCGGAACCGGUCGUCGUCGUCGUCCCAACGACGUCCCCCCAAAAGCAAUCGACCGCCGUUUCCAACCCGCCAUCCAGUCUGUCCAGUUCGCAUUCGAUGUUGGCCAAAUCUUUGAUGGAAGGUCCGAGGAUGACGGCCGAACAGAUAAAAAGAACCGAAGUUAUACACAGUUUUAUAAUGAGAGGCGGCGAGGGGAAUUCGCCGAUGGUGACGGCGGCGCCGACGGCCUGUCCUUACAAAACUUCCAACGGUUCCUUGUUGUGGGCGGCCUCCACCAGCGUCAUAACGACGACGGCGCGGCAGAAUCAGAUGCAAACGCCGCCGCCGCCGCCGCCGCCUCCGCAGCCGUCUAAUACGCAGGAUUAUAACAGGUUGUAUUUGCAAUCGCCGCAUUCGACUUCGCCGGCGCCGUCGAGGUCUCCGAAGAUGGUGGAGCUGCAGGUGGAUAUAGCGGAUCCUCAACAACCGUUGAAUCUGUCGAAGAAAUCGCCGUCGCCGCGGGAGGUGGUCACUUUGGAGGUGUAAAUUGACAUUGUCGAAGCUGCCUGCGCGAGAUUUAGUACAAAGUGGAGUGCAAAAAAUAUAAAAAGGGAUUGUUGUUGCGUCGGACUUUUUAGAUGCCACUUUUGAUCUUAUUUGGAGAUAUAAAAAACAAAAAAUACAAACCAAAUGAUUUGUCUGUAUAUUCAUAACCCUACUAUGUAAAAAAAAAAAAUGUAUGUCGACGUACGGUUGAAAAGAAAAACAGUUUUCGGGAAAAUUUUCUCUUUCUUUCUUUUUUUUUUUUUUUUUAAUUUUUUCGAUUUAUACACGGGGAAUUGGGGGAACAGUAGAUCGAUUCGGUGGUAUUUUUCGAAAAUUUUUCUAUAUAUAUAGGAGACGGUUUCUUCAAGAUAUUCUGUUCGUUUUAUUCGAAAUCGCCCUGUAUAUAGAGGUAAUAAUUUUGGUUUAAAUAAUUUUUUAAAAUUUUUGUUCGAUUUUUAUUAUUUUUUGGUAUUUUUUUUGCACAAAUAUUUUUGAAAUAAUUCAAACAUUCAAAAAUAAGAAAAAAAUUAUUUAUUUUUCGUAAUUUUUUUUUAAAUAAUUUUUUUAAAUAAUUUGAACAUAAAAUACAUUUUUCAAAAUUUUUUCUAAAUUUCGCCUCAACAAAACAAUUUUUUUUUCGAAAAAAUGUUUUUUUACCCUUAUUGAUUUAUAUUUCCGUAUAUACGUCCUUAAGAUCACCCUGUAUAUAGAGGUAAUAACUUUUUGUCUAGCUAAUUAUUGAAUUUUUUAAAAUUUCUGUUACAUUUUUAUUAUUUUUUGGUAUUUUUUUGUACAAAUAUUUUUAAAACAAUUCAAACAUAUUUUUCGUAAUUUUUUCAAAUUUUUCAAGAAUUGAUAUUGGGCGAAAAUGAAAAUGUUGAAAUAGAUUAUUAAAAUUAAAAAUAAGAAAAAAAUUAUUUAUUUUUCGUAAUUUUUUUUAAAUCAUUUUUUCAAAUAAUUUGAACAUAAAAUACGUUUUCCUAAAUUUUUUUUUUGGAAAAAACGUUUUUUUUACGGUUAUUGAUUUAUAUUUCCGUAUAUACGUCCUUAAGAUCACCCUGUAUAUAGAGGUAAUAACUUUUUGUCUAGCUAAUUAUUGAAUUUUUUAAAAUUUCUGUUACAUUUUUAUUAUUUUUUGGUAUUUUUUUGUACAAAUAUUUUUAAAAUAAUUCAAACAUAUUUUUCGUAAUUUUUUCAAAUUUUUCAAGAAUUGAAAUUGGGCGAAAAUGAAAAUGUUGAAAUAAAUUAUUAAAAUUAAAAAUAAGAAAAAAAUUAUUUAUUCUUCGUAAUUUUUUUUAAAUCAUUUUUUCAAAUAAUUUGAACAUAAAAUACGUUUUCCUAAAUUUUUUUUUUGGAAAAAACGUUUUUUUUACGGUUAUUGAUUUAUAUUUCCGUAUAUACGUCCUUAAGAUCACCCUGUAUAUAGAGGUAAUAACUUUUUGUCUAGAUAAUUAUUGAAUUUUUUAAAAUUUUUGUUACAUUUUUAUUAUUUUUUGGUAUUUUUUUUGUACAAAUAUUUUUGAAAUAAUUCAAACAUAUUUUUCGUAAUUUUUUCAUAUUUUUCAAGAAUUGAUAUUGGGCGAAAAUGAAAAUGUUGAAAUAAAUUAUUAAAAUUAAAAAUAAGAAAAAAAUUAUUUAUUUUUCGUAAUUUUUUUUUAAAUAAUUUUUUCAAAUAAUUUGAACAUAAAAUACAUUUUUCAAAAUUUUUUUCUAAAUUUCGCCUCAACAAAACAAUUUUUUUUUCGAAAAAAUGUUUUUUUACCCUUAUUGAUUUAUAUUUCCGUAUAUACGUCCUUAAGAUCACCCUGUAUAUAGAGGUAAUAACUUUUUGUCUAGAUAAUUAUUGAAUUUUUUAAAAUUUUUGUUACAUUUUUAUUAUUUUUUGGUAUUUUUUUUGUACAAAUAUUUUUGAAAUAAUUCAAACAUAUUUUUCGUAAUUUUUUCAUAUUUUUCAAGAAUUGAUAUUGGGCGAAAAUGAAAAUGUUGAAAUAAAUUAUUAAAAUUAAAAAUAAGAAAA